AUUGUAACUAGAGGUGUGGUUGGCACAUCGUUUCAGCUCCGAGGUUUUGCUGCCAAAGCUAAGAAGAAGUCCAAGUCAGAUGGAAAUGCAUCGUCUGAGGAAGGUAUGUCGAAAAAGGAGAUUGCUCUUCAGCAAGCACUUGAUCAGAUUACCAGUUCUUUUGGCAAAGGCUCCAUCAUGUGGCUCGGUCGUGCUGUUUCUCCUAGAGAUGUCCCGGUUUACUCUACCGGGUCUUUUGCUCUUGAUCUAGCAUUAGGAGUUGGUGGCCUUCCCAAGGGACGUGUUGUGGAGAUAUAUGGUCCUGAAGCAUCUGGGAAAACAACACUUGCUCUUCAUGUUAUUGCUGAAGCACAAAAACAAGGAGGAACAUGUGUAUUUGUAGAUGCUGAGCAUGCUCUUGACUCGUCACUUGCUAAGGCAAUCGGUGUAAAUACAGAGAACCUGCUUCUAUCACAGCCUGAUUGUGGCGAACAGGCUCUUAGUCUUGUGGACACUUUAAUCCGAAGUGGUUCGGUUGAUGUUAUUGUUGUUGACAGUGUAAGUAAGGUGGCUGCUCUUGUACCUAAAGGAGAGCUUGAGGGCGAGAUGGGUGAUGCUCAUAUGGCUAUGCAAGCAAGAUUGAUGAGCCAAGCUUUGCGUAAACUGAGCCACUCUUUAUCGUUAUCGCAAACUCUUCUCAUCUUUAUAAACCAGGUGAGAGCAAAGCUUUCUACAUUCGGAGGAUUUGGAGGUCCAACAGAAGUAACAUGUGGUGGCAAUGCCUUGAAGUUUUAUGCUUCUAUGCGUCUGAAUAUAAGGCGAGUGGGACUUGUCAAGAAAGGCGAAGAUACAAUAGGAAGUCAAGUUGCUGUAAAGAUAGUGAAGAACAAACUUGCACCGCCGUUUAGAACAGCGCAGUUUGAGCUCGAGUUUGGGAAAGGGAUCUGCAAGGUCACGGAGAUAAUUGAACUGAGCAUUAAGCACAAGUUCAUUGCUAAAAACGGAACGUUCUACAAUCUAAACGGGAAGAACUACCAUGGAAAAGAGGCUUUGAAGAAGUUUCUGAGAUUGAAUGAGCCGGUUCAAGAAGAGCUUAUGACCAAGCUAAAUAUUUAUAAAAUAAAUAUGUUACAAUAGUUGAUUGUUCUUUAAUUUUAA